CAGCAGACGACGUGCCAGUGUAGGCGGGGACGCUCGGUGGCAUGGUGCAUCAAGUGAUCUACGCGCUGCGGGGGUGGAUAGCCUUCGUGGCCUUCAUAGACCUGGGUAUGGCUGUACAGUGCUUCCUCGACGCCGACUCUUUCCUCGGCACGCAGCUGUACACCGCUGGCGACAUAGCCGAACACGUGAACCCGGCCAUGUCCCGUCUCCUGGGCACACACAGGAUAUUGAGUGCCCUUAUUAUGACCCACUGUGCCCUCUGUAUACACCACAAGCCGAUCCUGAGUAUGGCGCUAUGCAGUUGUUUGUUGACCAUCGCAGCCAAUGGGACAGAGACUCUAUGGUAUCGCACUGCUCCUAUCAACUUCUACACGCUGUUCCCUGUGGCUAUCGCAGCUGUGACCAUCGUGGGACUGUGUAUAGCGCCCACCUUCCUCAAGAGCCCGGAGGUGGAGGCGGAGGAAGAGACUCACUUGCUCAAACUGGGUCUCCCGCGCAAGAAGUGUUGGAACAAGAAGCGCACCUGAUGUUCCAGAGUUGCCAAGUUAGGUGGCUUGGUCAGAUAACGGUGGUCGAUCACAAGCAUUAGACCACUUGUUUACUUCACUCACUCGCAGGAUCUGGUUACACUGCUCAUGAGCUUCCGUUGUUGUAGUCUUGUUUAUUUAGACGUUUUGAUGUGGUUAAACAGGAACGGUUAUACGUUAUUUUGUUAUAAUCUUUUGUUUCUCAGAGUUCGUAUGCUCUUUAGGAUCUGAAUGAGUGUGUUGACAGUUUUCUUAAAGUUUCAAUUAAAAUCUAAAGUAUUGUAAAGUAGCCGGAAAUUUAUUUGAUGGUGAGUCACAAUCACAAAACCAUAAGUUAAUUAGUGUGUAUUUUUUAGAGUUCGUAAAAUCAAAAUCAUUAUCAGUUCUUAACACGGUCGUUUAGAACCCAAAGGAGGGAUACCUUGUUAUUAAUAUACAGUAUAAAGUCAGUGCUGAUGACGGCCAGAUGGAAAAUAAAGUAGAUUAGCACUACAAAAAAAAAUUACCCAGAUAGAUUUUGUAUCAUCAGAAGUCGAGUUUGAACAACUUUGUAUGUAGUAUUUUCUUGUGAGAUUAAUACUUACAGCACCAGAGUUGUGAUUGUAUUUUGACAGGCUAUACAGUACUAGUGGUUGGUGAAGGAUGGUGUAAUGUUUGCUGUGGAAGAGCACGACGACUGUACAGUCUGCAAGAAGCACUGUCAGGGGCACACAUGUUUGCCUUCCUGCACAUUUGCCAAACUCCUAUUGUGAGCAAACCAGAUCAGUGAGAUAAAGAUAUGCCGUUAUGCUACUUCCCUUGUUUAGUAAGGAACUAGUCAGUGUUGACGCAAGCAUCUGGGCUGAAAAUAACACAUUGAUGCUGAAAAUACUAGUUAACAAAGACUUUUUAACUCUGUAGUAAAGUAUUGAGAAUUACCAUCACUAUUAUAGACACAGCUACUAAUACACCUAAGAUGCCAUAUUGAGGACACAUACUCACAUCUGCCGAUAUCAAUACCCAAAUUCAGGAAAGAUUAUUACAUGGUAAUUCGUAAAUUUUACAUCACUGUCAGCGCCAGUCCGCGUGAGCAGAGAAUAACUUAGAUAAAUGGUUGAAAAUUGUCUGUCCUUCCUUCACAACAAGGAAAUAAACUUCCUUUACAGUCUGUUGGGAAGAUAAUUUUAAAGGCGUAAUUUAUGAAUUAUAUUGUAUAGGCAAAAGGCAAAAAACAGUUUAUAAGUUGUAUAAACAAAAAGCUCAAGUUAAUAAGUUAAAUUAAAAGGAUAUGUUUAUAAAUUAUAUAAAAUUGACAUGUUUAUAAAUUAUGUAAACAAAAGCUCUAAGUUUAUACAUUAAUAAACAUAUUGUUUUAUAUUUAAAUAAAAGAUGUGAAGUAGAUUAGGAAGUCAACUUAACAUGCCAGUUAAGUGUGUUAGGUGUGUGAGCCAGAGACGACCAGGCCUAUUUAUACUGCAUAUACUUGUCACACUUGCCAGAUGCUUCUGGUGUUAUUGUACAGGGGUACCUAGUGACAGCACUAGGAUCCCGCUUCCUCUAUCAAGGAAUAAACAAUUGAAAUUGAAUUGAGACGACCAGCCGAGUGUGGUGUGUCCUGAGAUAUGGUCCACUUGACCACGGAUAAUGUUGUGGUGAAUGACAGUAUUCUGACACACAAUCAAAAUAUCAGCAAUAUUGUACAUAAUAUUAGGCAGUUUACUUUAUACUAGUUUCUUAUAUGCACACAGUAUACUUGUAAGUUUUCACAGUAAUGUUGGGGUCACCCAGUGGUGAACUGGAAAAAAUUCUUUGUUUACAAAAAUAUCAUCUUAAAAUUAUAAAAAUAUAGAUAAAAAGAGUUUUUUUAGGUAAUAAAUUUUGAAUGUCACUUAUUAUGUACUGCAAACUUAAUACUCAGUUGGGUUUAUUUCUAAAUUUCAUUAUGUUGAUACAGAACAGGUAUCAGUGAUAGUGUAUCAUUAAUCUAAUGAUGCAGGUACACAUUGCUAAGGUGUUACACUGACUAAUGCAUCAUAAUACUGUACUUUGUUCUGCACAGUACGUCAUCAUAAUUUUUCCUACUUUCAAUAUGUGUUAUUUAUAUCACCUCAGAAUUUUUCCCUCCUUAUCUUACUUAAGUUCAAUAUACUGUACUUACUGUAUUGUGUUUGUAUCUUACGUCAGAAAAUAUCUAGGCACUGAAAAUCCAGACAUAAAGAUGCACAUAUAUACAUGAAGACAUGUAUCCAGAUAUAUGCUCACACAUAUAUACAUAUAGAAGUAUAGUACAGCACUAUAUACAAACAUGCACCUAGAUAUAUGCACACACAUAUAUACAGUACAGUAUAUACAAACAUGCAGACAGGCACCCAAAUACUCGCACUCACAUAUACUUACAGUACAGUACAAAUCACUUCCAUAGAGUAUAAACACAAGCAUUGUUAUGGCAUAAAGAUUGAACUGUUAUUAUAUUUCGUGACGUCUCAUUUUCAUGUUCUGCACACAGUACUUUCAUGAAAAUACUGUACAGUAUUAUCUUUCUGGUGUGUCACUUGUGGUGAAGUAUCGGGUUUGGGGUGUGUGAUCAUUGGAACCUCUAUGUGAGAGUACAAAUUACUGGGUAAUAUCAUUGCUGGGUGACUCCACUCGUGAAGCUUGUAUGAUCUAAGAAAGAUCAAUCUCCAUUAUCCAGCACAUAAUCAUGCAAGAUUUUGUCUCUAGAGAAUUUACACUGUGAUGGAUGUGGAUAAAGGAACAUUAACCAGGAGAAUGUAUAGUGCUGUAGUUUAAAAGUCAGAACCAUUAACUGAACUAGGUUAUAAAUUUAAUAAAUUUUUGCUCAAUUAGCUUAUAAUAAAUGCAGGAACAUCUGGAGUUUGAUACAUAAACUGUAAAAAUCCUCAUACAGUCGAUGUUAUAACUAUGAUAUUGAGUGCAUUUAAACAUGUGACGCUGUUAUGUAUUAUGUCCUGGGUAAUGAAGAUUAUAAUUAGUCACAUGCAAUUAUUGAGAAAGUGUAAUAAGGUAAAUGAAGAGUGGACAUCACACUUCACCGUAUUUUUAAUUAUACUGCAUACUGUAUUGUAAUCUUAAGGCUGUACCAUUUUCAUUAUUGUUGAAUUGUUAUAUUAACUAAGCCAUUGUCUCCCUCGCUGGUGACAGUGGGGAGGAGACCUGUAUAUAGGUUAUUCGCGAGCAAUAGCUGAGUGUUUGACGAAAUUGAUGCCCUUGCUCAGCCCAAGUUAUACAUAUGGUCUUACUCUUAGAAGCUCAGGUUCCUAAACCAUCUCAGAUACACAAGCAGAAACAGCCUAAAUAUAGUGCACACACACACACACGUACGUCUUUAAUUAGUUUAAAAAAAAUUGCCUUACAAAACACAACUUCCUUCAUAUUUGUAACAAACUGUGGGUGAAUAAAUCUCCAGUUAUUAA